AACUCAAAAUUGAUCACACUCUCAUAGACUACGGAAGCCUGAUGACCAAACCGGGAAGUAAUUACUUUUGGUGGUCGUGAGUCACCUACUGUCCAGUUACACCGGGCUUUCCUUGGGAAAACAACUGAUAAUGAAAAUAUGUUUUCAUAAUAUUUCUACAUUGACAAAGUAAACAUCAGUCUUGCUACAGCUCUGAUUAUACACCAUGGGAUCGACUGAUUCCGGGAUCUGUUUUGAAGGACUUCUGGUGAAAGUGGCGGCAAACAGGAAAAGCAGGAAUACCCAGAGCCUGUGGUGUACACUUGAUGGUGAAUCCCUGGCUUUCUACAGAAACAAGCGCGCGUCUUGUAUGUUUACGAUAGAGAUCAGCAGAGUCAAAUCUGUUACACCAUUUCUAGAUAAAAAUCAGUUUGAGAUUGUCACGGAGAAGAGCUUCCUGUUUUCAGCUGAAACAGCAGAAAUUUGUCAGGAUUGGAUCAACCACAUAGAGGAGGCAAGGCAACAGGAUGGUCAGCUUGUCCUUACUAGUCAGAAACAAGAAGAGCAGCCAGUAUCACCGAGGCGAGGCUCACUUCCCCAGCAUCAUGCGGUUACAAAUGCACUGAAACGACUGUCCAGUAAGUCAGAGAAAGGGGAGGAGGAAUCCAGCACCACAAAACCACAGGACACAAAAACUGACAGAAAGUCCAUCACAAAAGAUAUGAUCAAUAAAUUUUCAACGGGAGUUCAACCAAAGGAAACAGAAUGCCCCCCUUCCCGUCCAUCUCGUCCCAACUCAGGAGGAAAAGUGAACAGUCUCCUGUUACGUUUUUCUUCUGAAGGUAGUAACCCGUCUUCAACAUCACCUGUUUCUCCGUCUCCUCACUCACCUGUCGGGCCAUUUUCACCGAAGUCUUUGGAGAGGCCAACUUCGUCCAACAUAUCUGAGCAGCCAUCUUCAUCCAGUUUAACUGCACGACCAUUGUCUGUUGGUCACCAGCCGAUCAGUCAGAAGAUGCAAGGAAUUACCACCACUAGUUCAGGAACUAAAAUAGAUUUGUCUGAAGUAUCCAGGGCGGCCAAUGAGGUGGUACCUAGUCGUAGUGAAACCAUUGUCUCUGGGGAUCGACAUACUGACUCAGGAUAUACAUCGGGAAUUUGCAGCAGUCCACCCAAGGAAACUCAAGACGAGUUUGACCUACAUACAGUGAACGGCCAAGAUAUUUGUGAAGGUAAACCCAUUAGUCAAAGAGAGGAGACAGAGGAUUCAGUUGUGUUAAGGCCAAAAGGGCUAACUAAUGGUGAUGUGGAUGAUUCAGAGGUGAGAGUCACAAUGCGGAGACCGAAAACUCAAGAGGAUGAAGGGGAGGAGGUGGUGGAGGAGGAGGAGGAGGAGGAAGAAAAUGAGCAUGACGGCCCAAACCUUCAACUCCUUGAUGAUUUGAUGAGUUUAACAUUUGAAGAGACUGAAGUUCCUCAAAGCUCACCUGUAGAUCUGAGUGUAAUCACAGAACUCAAGGGAAUACUGACCGACCUGCCCACAUCUCUGUUGUUACGGAGAAGUGUUGACGUAAACAAUCGUACACCAAUAGAGGAAUUGAGUCAAUUUCUAGAAACAGCUCCGUGACUGUACAGUUGUUGUAAAUCUCUGCUAGGUGGCUUAGUGACUUUAUGUCUCAUUAUGAUGAGAUAAAGAAAGAAUUAUUGGAUUUUCAUAGAAAGCUUUUUAACUGCCAUGAUGGUAGACACACACCACCAUUGAUUUAUAAUGGAUAUUGUGUGGCAAAGGGAGAUAACAUGUCAGCUAUAAAUGUGGUGAAGCAUUUCUGUUUCGUAUACACAUUGAAUUAUUUCAUUUAACAUUACAAAAAACAUGUGUUAGUUGACGUAUGAGUAAUGAUAUUAAAUAUUCAGGAAAGAGAAGGUCACAAUAAACUCCAGCAAAGUCCUUAAAGAUACAAUGAAAGGCAUAUGGGAACAAAUUUGAUAUUCUAUUAACAUGAUAUGAUUUACCCAUGUGUAAUAAAACGCUUUUUUCAUGCAAUGAAGUUGAAAAAAAGAAAUCUGACAAAAAGCAUGAGCGUUAUGUUUCACGAUAUUAUUUUGCAAUUUACAUGUCGCAUAUGUGGCCCGGUAAAAGGUGUGUGAGAUCAAGUUUGUACAUUGAAUACUUACUAUAUAAUUAUAUGUCAUAUAUACAGGUACUGCUCCAUGAUGGUCUUCUAAUUUGUUUAUAACAUUAUUUGUUAUUGCCAUUUAGAACUCAGACAUGCAAUGUCCCAGUUUUCACAGGGAUUCUCCCUAUGUUUUACCUUGAGAGACUGGAACUGCUUUUGCAAAAUCAGAAACUCCCCAAAAUUCCAUGGGCUGUUUGAAAUUGCUAACUUGUUGAAAAUGUAUCUAAAAACACCAAUAAGAUAACUUCUUUUUAGAGAGCAUUUGAUCAGUUAUAAUGUAAACAAGUCGUAUGUGAUCAGUAUUGUUCAAUAGAAUAAUAAAUUCAGUAUAAUGGGUCUGGUAAAAUAAUGCUUGUGGUGAGAAUCUCCCUACCUAAAACUCAAUGUGCCUACAGGUGGGUGGGAGACAAGCCUACAGGUGGGAUCUACAUUUGGGAGACAACAUUGUGUUCUGAAGUCAUCACAUGUAAGGGAACUAUUAUUACUUUUUCUGCAGAAAUGAUACAAAUGGUUGAAUGUGUAAUUUGAGAUGAUCAGAGAAAACUAAUUUAUUCUUAUCCAACAAGUGCAAUUAUUCAGAAAUAGCUGUGGUAAAUGUUGUCUCCCUUUGAUUGUCUCGGUUCCGAUAUAGGGGAGAUAACUCAAUUCAGAUUGGAAGUAUUGUCAGAAAUCUGUUCUUGAAGUGGGAUUACCUAUACGAUUAUUAUAUUGAUUAGUUUGGAAGGAGUGUAAACAGAUGUUUGGAAACAGUGGUUGAAUUUUAAAUGACUGUGGGCUUUGAAGAUCUCAACAGUGCAUUGAGUCUUUACUAAAUAUUCGUUAGAACUAUGAGGCCAAGCCAAGUAUUUCAAAUAUUGCAACUUUUUUCAGAUUUGAUAUUGAAUAUUGAUGGCAAAGAUUUCCUGCCAUCAAUAUUAAUUGUAAAUUCUUUGUAGUUUUGAAUUGUUAAAACAUUUUGUAAACAUAAUGUACAUUAUAAUUGUGCUUAUACAUUGUACAGUAUUGUAUUGUUAUUGA